AUGGCAGAGGUAGAAAAAAAGGAAGAGCAGAUGGGAAUAGAAGCUGUUUCUGGUAAGAAAGAGGAGGAAUUACAGAGUGAUACAAAAGAAGAAACAUCGUUGGGGGAUUCUAAGGAGAAAAUUGAAACUAAGAAAACACAGCAAAGUCCCUUUCUAACUAAUACAGUUCCUCGGAAGGACAAUUCCAAGGGAGGAGAGGAAAAGGACAAGAUUGAUGUGACGGAGGUAGUCGAAAAGCAAAGAAAACAUCUCGAGGAGAAUCAGAGCGAUGAUGUCCUGUUUAAAGCAAGAUGCAAGCUUUAUUACUUCUCUGAGGAGACUAAGGCACUUGAGGAGCGUGCAGAGGGAACGAUGGUUAUUGGAAUGCACACUAAAAGUAAUCUAGUGAAGAUAACAGUUUUUAGGGAUCAGAUUGGUAGGCUUGGAUGCAACCACUUUAUCAACCCGAGAUUUAAGGCACAGCCCCAUGGAAAGGUCAGUAACGGAUGGAUGUGGAUGUCCACUGAAGACACGGUUGAAACAGAUGCACAGAGAAAGAAAACCCAGCUAUUUGUCGUCAAGUUUUUUUCGGAGGAAGAUUUUCAGAAGUUUGGGGAGGAAUAUGAUCUCGGAAGAUCUCACAAUGAGAAAUCCCUAAAGACAAAAGCAAAUAAAGGUUGA